AUGGAAGCUGUGUGUGGAACCGCCGGUGUUUGUGUCACAUCAUCUCUUCCACGCUCACCAACACUUUUCAAAACCACUAUUCCUCUAUCACGAGUCAGUUACCAACACCUCACACCAUUUCCUUCACAAUCUCAUCUAUUCUCAUACCACACCCCACCCUAUGCCAGAACCCUCCGCGCCAGAACCACCGUCAAACCCGCAAUUUUCCUUCCCCACUUAAUUGCUUCUCUGCAACAAGUUGACCAGACUUACAUAAUGGUGAAGCCUGACGGCGUGCAGCGUGGACUCGUGGGAGAAAUUAUUUCUAGGUUUGAGAAGAAGGGGUUUAAGUUGACUGGCUUGAAGCUCUUCCAGUGCUCUAAAGAAUUAGCUGAGGGUGCAGGUGCAUGCCAGAAGGAGAACCUUCAUCGGAGAGCACACAAUGGGAGAGGGGCCAAACUAUAUUUUGCUAGAGUCAAUCUGGAAAAGGACAGUAAUGUUGAUUCUAUUGAGCAUUACAAGGACCUAAAGCAAAAGUCAUUCUUCCCCAAGCUCAUUGACUAUAUUACUUCUGGUCCUGUUGUGUGCAUGGCUUGGGAGGGUGUUGGAGUAGUGGCAUCCGCACGGAAACUUAUAGGGGCUACAGAUCCUCUUCAAGCUGAACCAGGCACAAUAAGAGGAGACCUUGCCGUUCAAACAGGAAGGAAUGUUGUUCAUGGCAGUGACAGCCCCGAGAAUGGAAAGCGUGAAAUAGCUCUAUGGUUCAAGGAAGGCGAAUUAUGCGAAUGGACUCCUGUUCAAGCACCAUGGCUGAGAGAAUAA